CUCAGGUGUGUGCGCAUGAGUCACUUUUAUUCUCUUGUGAUUUGAGCUCCCAGAGAGAGGUCGUUAGAGUACAUGUCUUCCUUCGCCAUACAUCCGAUAGAGGACUAUUACAGCAGGAUCUGAGGGAAUAUACAUACUUUAUCUCAUGGAUCGGUUAUGGCUCCUUGUUUUUCUGGGAGGAUUCGUGAUACAAGGGGUGCAGCAUGUUUGGGGAAUAGAAAUUUUCACUAAAAGCGAGGUGGAAGCCGUCAAUGGAACGAGUGUGAAGCUCACGUGUACCUUCAGCUCCACGCAACCGGUGUCGCUUCAGACAGCUUCAGUAUCAUGGGACUUCCGGUCCAUCACUGCAAAUAGACAUGAACGUAUACUUUACUAUCAGGAAGUUCCAUAUCCCAUCAAAGAAGGGCUCUUCAACGGGCAUGUGCAGUGGUCCGGAGACAUAAAGAGAAAAGACGCCUCAAUCACCUUGAAUAACGUUCGCCCUGCGUUUAACGGCACCUACUUCUGUCAGGUGGCCAACCCUCCAGAUGUCCACGCCAAUAUUGGCGAAACCGUCCUAAGAGUAGUCGACAAAGUAACUCUCUCUGAGAUCAGCUUGCUGGGGGCCAUUGUCGGAGGCUCCUGCGUCGUCAUCCUGGUCUUUCUUGGCGUCUUCGUUGCUGUGAGGAUGUACAAGAAGCGUAAUAAGGAAAAGGACAUUGAGAUGCGGGUGGAGGAGUACAGAAACAAGCAGUCAACUAUGUGGUGAGGCCCCAGAGACCCACAGCUCUUGUCAGCCUCCUCUUCUCUGGACUGCUAUGGAGUCAGUCCAAGGGCUUGGUUUCAUUUUCCUGAAAGAAAUUAACGAAAGGCCUUUUUUUUCUGCCAUAUUUGCUCCUCUAGGGUCAGAUAUUGCUUCAGGUUCCUGAGGCCACUGUAGUGUUGGGGAUAUAAUGUGCUGUGUAAUAUGUUGCUUAGAUGAAAAUCUGGACAUUUUUAUCUACUUCACAAAAAGUUUCUUUUGAUUUAAAACGUUUAAGUUUUUCUUAAACAUUAUAGAGGAUGUAAAUAUGGAUACAUGUCCUCAGGGUGGAUCUUCACUUUAACCUUUAUUCACAACAGCAGUGCUGACAUACAAAUGGGCCUUUUUAUGUUUUUUGAACUUAAAAAAAAUAUUUAUACCUUUAUACCUUCGACCUGGGUGCCUUUUACAUUUCAUAUUCCUUUAACAGGAAUAUAAAAGAGAUCCAGCUGCUGUGAAUUAAGGCUUACUAUCUUUGUUAUUGUUUUUUACUGAGAAGCAAAGGUAUUUUUUAUUUUUUCACACUUACAAGAUGACGUUCAAUUUUUGGGGGGCAAAUUCCUUUUCUUUUUUUUGUGCUAAUACCCUUAGUGCAUGAGGCUAACGGCUUUAGCCUCAUGCGCUAAGGAUAUUACCACAUGUGGCCGGUACGCUGAUGACCUUUGCUCCACAAUUUGUUCCAUUCUUUGAGUUGAGGUGAGGCAUUUCCCAAAUCCACACUCAUGGGAACAAUGAAUAGGACUGCAUUCCUUCUCUGGACUUGCCUCACCUCAAGGUAACCACUUUUGGUAUUUCUCCUUUUUUGUUACGUUGGCGAUGGAUAUACUCUCUGAGGGGGAACAUGUCCCAUGUGUUCAUUUACCGCAUCAUCCACUGAUCGUCCCAUCUCACCAGCUGCUUGUGUUUGUUUGCUUUUUUUUUAUUUGCGACUGAAUAUGUUUGGCUGCGGUUACGCCAGUUCACCUGACAGCUCUGAAAACGAAGAAGGAAGCUGUUAGUUCAGAUGAUGAGGAGUCUGAGCCAAGCAGCGGGGAGGAUGAGUAGGAAGAAGGUCUUCAGGAUGAGGAUGAUGAUGAUGACGACGACGAUGACGAUCUUGGUGGUGAUGAUGAUGAUUAGAUAAAUUCCUAUUUUGGUAGAAGAACUUCAAAUAUUUGUGUUGCAUAGUUCACUGUUGGUAGUUUACGUCAUUUUUGAAGAAGCAUUGAAAAAGCGUACAACAGAACCAGAGAUACUGUCUUGUUAAAUGUUUUUCUUUUUUUUUUCUGUGGAAACACUUAGUUUUGGUGAGCCAGCUUUACUUCAGCUGGAGUGCCGCUGGCCUCAAGCGAAUUUUGCUUCUUUUAGACUGCAUCCUCCUCCAACGUUUUUUUGAACCAGGCAUCAAUGACCAAACAAACACGGCAGCUUGACAGGUUUGGACUUGUCUGCUGAGAAACUGGAAUGUCAAAUCCUUUUCAGACAGUGAACGCUCCUUGAUCUCCCUGAGCAAUACCAAGUCAUGCUAGCAACACUUUUCAAUGUGGAAGUUGUUAAUGAAGGAAGAAGACUCAAUCUUGGCUAUUUUCAGUUUCUUUGAGCUGAACGAUGGCAAGUUUUUAAGAGGAAGUGUAGUUUCCACCAGAGUUGUUUGUGGUUUGUUUAGGAUCAUCAUUUUAAACACAUUGACUCUUGUUUACUGUAAGUAAUGCUCACUAUACUAAUUGCUGAACUCCAUAAUCAUUUUGUUGUUUUAAAAAUGCUGGCUGUCUUCUUAAAUUGAUGGUGUAAAACCUCCUACACCCCAGAUUAUAAUUACAGACUACUGAGUUUGAAAAAUAUUUUAAAUUCUUUCAUCACAGUUGAAAAAAUUCAAAAGAAUUUUGCAGCUUUACAAAAUUUUAGCUCAAAUCAGAGAACACAAAACUUUGAUUGGUGCAUUGCUAUUGCAGACAACUUCUUCAAGAACAACAGAGCUCCUGUCGCUUUUUUCAAAUAUACUAUACACUAAUACUCUAACGUUU